UAUAGGCCCCGUAAAUCAUUUACUUCAUUCCAUGUUCAAUCAGAUCGACGUGUAUUUCAAUCAAAAGCUCGUGUCGCCUCCAAACAACGCUUACGCGUACCGCGCGUACAUCGAGGCGUUAUUAAAUUAUUCUUCACCCGCAAAAACUUCCCAUCUAACCUCCUGUCUAUGGGACGCGGAUACACCCGGUCAAAUGGACGAACCGGUGGAAUCAAAAUCGCCAAAUUCCGCUCUCGUGAGACGCGCGCGUUACAUUCACGGCGGUCGAGCGCUAGAUCUUGUAGGGCAUCUCCAUUGCGACGUUUUCAAUCAAGACAAAUUUUUAAUUAACGGUGUAGAAGUACGCUUAAGGCUCGUCCGUUCGAAAGAUUCGUUUUGUCUUAUGGACAGUAACGGUUCAUCGUCGAAAAUUCAUAUACUGGAUGCGAGCUUACUCGUGAGAAGGGCGAAAAUAAGCGCCGGAUUAUUACUCGCGCAUGCUAGAAUGUUGAGUAAAGUUACGGCCAAAUAUCCGCUCACGAGAGUCGAAGUUAAAACAUUUACGAUUCACAGUGGUGUUGUGGGUGAAUCGUUAGAUAAUGUAAUACUCGGUCAACUUCCGAAAAGGAUAAUAGUCGGUUUUGUUAAUAAUAAAGCGUUUAAUGGUGAUAGAAAAUUAAAUCCGUUUAAUUUCAAAAAUUACGGAAUAAAUUUCUUCUCGCUAUACGUCGACGGUAUGCAAAUUCCUAGUAGGCCGUUACAACCGGUUUUCUCGCCGGAGGAACCGCUUUACGUCGAAGCUUAUCAAACUCUCUUCGCGGGAACGGGCAUCCAUUUUUUGAACGAAGGAAAUUCUAUAAGUAGAGACGAUUAUUCCAAGGAUUAUACGCUAUUCGCUUUUGAUCUCACACCCGACCUAUCAGCUAAUUACGCGGGACAUUGGAAUCUCGUGAGACAUGGUAGUUUACGAUUAGAAGUGCGAUUCGAGAAGGCUCUCACAGAGACCGUUAAUUGUAUUAUUUACGCCGAAUUCGAUAAUGUAAUAGAAAUCGAUUCGUCUCGUCAAGUCAUCGUCGAUUUUGCCGGAUAGAUAUUUAUCGCUCUCAAGUAUUUGACCGUUACAACGUAAUACUCGGAAAAUUUCCCCUCCUUUUUCUCCCCUCCACAUUCGAUCAAAAUGCUAAUGGAUAUAGUCAUCGACAUACAAGGUUUCCGCGAUGCCAAUGCGAAGUUUAUCCCCAAAGAAGUCGCUAUUAUCGCGCUUGACGCUCCAUUCGUCGGACAUUGGAUUAUGAUGCCUCCGCAUUCAUUUGACGAUUUACCAAGAAAUGUAAGACAUGAAAAUAACUGGCUUACACGAAAUUAUCACGGCAUCGAAUGGUUCGACGGUGAAGCUAAUCCGAAAUAUUUUACAUCGCAACUACGUAAAAUAACAAGACAGGCACGAUACAUUUACGUUAGAGGUACCGAAAAAGAAACCUACUUGCGGAAUCUACUCUCCAGAAAUAUAUAUAAUUUGGAAGAUAUUUCUCCCGCAUUCAAAAAUCUGUCAGAGGGAGAAGUGCGCGGACGUUAUUGUGGUUACCACGGAUUUCGAAAAUUCGGAAUCUUUCAUUGCGCAUUACGCAACGUAUAUAAAUUAAAAUAUUGGUUGAUCGAGCGAAAUAAUAACGUCUACGGCAAUACGAACGUUAGUACUCAAGCUACUUGUGGUUCUCCGGAUAAAUGGUGUGUAAACACCAGUGACGACGACGACGACGACGACGACGACGACG